CGAGAGCGAGAGAGAGAGAGAGAGAGAGAGAGAGAGAGAGAGAGAAUUACACUUUAUCCGGUCUGUGAUUCUGUCACUUGAGGGUUCUCUCCUUUGUGAACGACACGCCUCUCGCUUUGUUUGUUUGUUUAUAGUAGCGUGUAUUUUUUUAUUUAUUUUUGUCGAGUAGCAUGGAUUUAUUUUAGUGCUUGUGGGACUCGGACGUCUUUACUAUGAGUUCCUCUGCAGAAGCGCUCCCGUCAGCGGGGCAACUUUUUGGUGCGCCGCGGCACCGCUAAGCCGCGCGUCUCUCGGUGGGGAAAGUUCACACGCAACCCCCCCCGGGCGAACAUAGACUCGCGGUGAAAGCUCCGCUCGUCCCACUCUUUACCCCCCCUCUCGUCCAAACCGUGCGGCAAAAAAUGCAGAAGAGCGUCCGCUACAACGAAGGGCACGCGCUGUUUCUGUCGGCGGUCGCGCGUAAAGAGGGGACCAAGCGCGGCUACCUGAGCAAGAAGACGGCGGAGAACAGCCGGUGGCACGAGAAGUUCUUCGCCCUCUACCAGAAUAUACUGUUCUACUCCGAGAACGAGCAGAGCGCGAGACCUGCCGGGAUUUACCUGUUGGAAGGAUGCACCUGCGAGCGCUCACCGGCGCCCAAGAUGUCCACCACUGGGAAGGAAGCGCUGGAGAAACAGCACUACUUCCUCAUCGUGUUUGGUCACGAUGGACAGAAGCCUCUGGAGCUGCGGACGGAUGAGGAGAGUGAGUGCGAUGAAUGGGUGGAGGCCAUCCAGCAGGCAAGUUACUCUGACAUCAUCAUUGAACGAGAGGUGCUGAUGCAGAAAUACAUCCACCUUGUACAGAUAGUGGAGACUGAGAAGGUGGCCGCCAAUCAGCUGCGCACCCAGCUGGAAGAUCAGGGUACAGAAAUCGAGAGGCUCAAAGCAGAGAUUAUAGCUCUGAACAAAACUAAAGAGCGAAUGCGGCCUUACCAUGUCAACCAUGAAAAUGAAGACCCGGAUAUCAAAAAGAUCAAAAAGGUGCAGAGCUUUAUGCGAGGCUGGCUCUGUCGGAGGAAGUGGAAGAUCAUCGUUCAGGACUACAUCUGCUCUCCUCACGCUGAGAGCAUGAGGAAGAGAAACCAGAUCGUCUUCAACAUGGUGGAGGCAGAAACAGAGUACGUCCACCAGCUCUACAUCCUGGUCAACUGUUUCCUCAGACCUCUGCGGAUGGCGGCCAGCUCUAAGAAACCCCCCAUCAACCAUGACGAUGUCAGCAGCAUCUUCCUCAAUAGUGAGACCAUCAUGUUCCUACAUGAGAUUUUCCAUCAAGGCUUGAAGGCGAGGAUAGCCAACUGGCCAACACUGGUGCUGGCCGACCUAUUUGACAUCCUGCUCCCCAUGCUGAACAUCUAUCAGGAGUUUGUGCGUAACCAUCAGUACAGCCUGCAGGUUCUGGCCAACUGUAAGCAGAACAGAGACUUUGACAAGCUGCUGAAACAGUACGAGUCUAACGCUGCCUGUGAGGGAAGGAUGCUCGAGACCUUCCUCACAUACCCAAUGUUCCAGAUUCCCCGCUACAUCAUCACCUUGCACGAGUUAUUGGCACACACGCCUCAUGAGCAUGUGGAGCGAAAGAGUCUUGAGUUUGCCAAGUCCAAAUUAGAGGAAUUGUCCAGAGUGAUGCACGACGAGGUGAGCGACACGGAGAACAUCCGGAAGAACCUGGCCAUAGAGAGGAUGAUAGUGGAGGGCUGUGACAUCCUGCUGGACACCAGCCAGACCUUCGUCAGGCAAGGCUCUCUGAUCCAGCUGCCGUCAGUGGAGCGAGGGAAGCUAAGUAAGGUCCGUCUGGGUGCUCUCUCUCUGAAGAAGGAAGGGGAACGGCAGUGCUUCCUCUUCACCAAACACUUCCUCGUCUGCACACGCAGCUCUGGAGGAAAACUGCACCUUCUCAAGCAAGGUGGAGUUUUGUCCCUGAUUGACUGCACACUCAUAGAGGAACCAGACGCCAGCGACGAAGAGUCUAAAGCUGGCGGUCAGGUAUUUGGCCAGCUGGACUUUAAGCUCGUAUUCGAGCCUUUGGACUUGCCUCCAUUCACUGUGGUUUUGCUGUCACCCUCGCGGCAGGAGAAGGCGGCAUGGACCAGUGACAUUAGCCAGUGUAUAGAUAAUAUCCGCUGUAAUGGCUUGAUGACCAGUGUAUUUGAGGAGAACUCUAAAGUCACUGUGCCUAAUAUGAUCAAAUCCGAUUUGCGUCUCCAUAAAGAUGAUGUUGACAUUUGCUUCAGCAAGACGCUCAACUCCUGCAAGGUCCCCCAGAUCCGCUAUGCCAGCGUGGAGCGGCUGCUCGAGAGGCUGACCGACCUGCGCUUCCUCUCCAUAGACUUCCUCAACACCUUCCUGCACACAUACAGGAUGUUCACCACGGCAACGGUCGUCAUGGGCAAACUGGCCGACAUCUACAAGAAGCCCUUCUCCUCCAUACCUAUCAGGGCGCGGUACCACUCAUUUGACCGUCUGUCUAUCUCAUCCAUGUGUCCCGACUACAGUCUGAAGAUCAAGAGGAUAGCCGUGGAUCAGUCCAAGUCCUUGGAGCUGUUCUUUGCCACCAACCAGAACAACAGAGCCGGCGAGCACAUAAACGACAAAUCUCCUCGUCUCUGCCGCAAGUUCUCCUCUCCUCCUCCUCUGUCCAUCCCGUCCCGCACCUCCUCCCCUGUCCGAACUCGAAAGCUUUCCCUCCACUCCCCCAUCACUGCCAGGGUCGGAGGGCUCGACCUAACCAGUCCUCUGUCAAACUCCAGCGUCAACCUUAACACUUCCCAGUCUGCUGCCAGUAGCCCCACAUCUGCCCACACCCCCCAAACCUCCUCUCCUCACCUUCCUCCCCCUUCCACCUCUCCCCCACCCAACAACCCAAAGUCACCACAGGACCAAGUUCCUCCCAUUCCCUCCUCCCCAGACCAAAGUCCCUGCUCAACUGCAGAGGGGGAGGACGGGCCUAAGAUGGACCCUUUCUCUGGCAAACUGAGACGGAGCAUCCGCAGAGCUCUGCUGGAGUCGGCAUCACUGGAGAAAAUCAUCCCAGAGUCUCCUCAGAGCAGUGAAGCAGGAGACAUGUCUCCGUGUCGCUCACCUUCCACACCUCGACACCUCCGCUACAGGCAGCCUGGAGUUCAGUCAGGGGAGAACUCCCGCUGCCCAGUCUCUCCUGCUUCAGCCUUUGCAAUUGCCACAGCAGCAGCAGGACAUGGUUCACCACCAGUGUUUACUAACCCUGAAAGAACUUGUGAUAAAGAGUUCAUCAUCCAAAGAGCUGCAACUAACAGAGUUCUCAACGUGCUGCGGCACUGGGUUUCCAAACACUCACAGGACUUUGAGAUGAACGGGGAGCUGAAGAUGUCGGUGAUCUGUCUCCUGGGGGAGGUGCUCCGAGAUCCAGACCUGCUCCCUCAGGAGAGUAAAGCUACUGCCAACAUACUAAGUGCCCUUUCUCAAGACGAGCAGGAGGAUGCCCAGCUGAGGAUAGAGGACAUCUUACAGAUGGCGGACUGUCCGAAGGCAGAGUGUUUCGAGUCUCUGUCGGCAAUGGAGCUGGCCGAGCAGGUCACCCUUCUGGAUCACAUCGUCUUCAGGAGCAUUCCUUACGAAGAGUUCCUGGGGCUCGGCUGGAUGAAGGUUGAUAAGAUGGAGAGGACGCCAUACAUCAUGAAAACUACUCAACACUUCAAUGAUAUGAGUAACCUGGUGGCAUCACAGAUUAUGACCCACACCGAUGUGGGCUCGAGGGCCAACUCCAUAGAAAAGUGGGUUGCCGUGGCUGACAUCUGCCGCUGUCUCAACAACUACAACGGAGUGCUGGAGAUCACAUCUGCGCUUAAUCGCAGCGCCAUCUACCGUUUGAAGAAGACCUGGGCUAAAGUCAGCAAACAGGCUAAAACCCUCAUGGACAAACUGCAGAAGACCGUGUCCACCGAGGGAAGGUCUAAAAAUCUGAGGGAGACCCUGAAAAACUGCAACCCUCCGUGUGUGCCGUACCUGGGAAUGUAUCAAACUGACUUGGCCUUCAUUGAGGAGGGAAGGCCCAAUUUUACUGAGGACGGUCUUGUAAACUUCUCCAAAAUGAGGAUGAUAUCCCACAUCAUCAGAGAGAUCCGACAGUUUCAGCAGACGCCGUACAGAAUAGAGCAUCAAGCCAAGGUGACCCAGUACCUCCUGGAUAAGACUCUCAUCAUGGAUGAAGAGACACUCUAUGAUCUCUCGCUGAAGAUUGAGCCCAGGCUUCCUGCCUGAGUUGCAGCUGUUUGUGGCCAGUGGGAACCUGCCAAACCUGGACCCCCCCAAGGGAAACACGCCCACGCAAUCUCAUCAAUCAAGAGGAAAUCUGAGAGUUUUGAGAGCGACGUGGAAUUGGAAAUAAGAGAAAUACUGACUGAAGUGGGAGAUAUCUUUAGAGUCAAGUAUGAGGACAGUUGAACAAGCUUUUACAAGAGACUGAGGGAGCAUGAGGAGGGGACGAGGCUGUUGGAGUGUCGGAUUGAUUGUCUUCAAGGAGAACAAGAGGAGGUGGUUUUGGUUGCAAUGCCUGAGGGUUUUUGAGGAAAUGACAUGUCGCCGUGUGCGCUCGUCAUUCCUCAGACGAGAGUGCGGUGCACACGACAUCACACAUGGAGUGAAUGGAUGGAAUGCAGUGGAUGUAACAGAGAUGUAGCAUAUACAGACUGUGUGACAGAGAGAUGUCCGCUUUCGUGUCUCUGUGCCGUUGUCUAUGUUCUGUUGCCUGUGCAUUUCCGUGCCACGUCCUGGAGCAAAAGCCCCCCCAAAAAAAAUAUUUGCUUUAUUGUCAUGAUGGUCACUGCAUAAAACUUGCAUGAAUUCAGCUUGGGAUGUAACUGUCUAAAUGGCCUUCCACCUGACCCCUGACCCUCAGCUUAGCAUGCAUCACUCUUAUCAGAGUGACCCUCUAAGCCACUAUGCAUCCUCAGUGGGCUGGGUGUGGCAAAGAAAAAUGCCUUUAAGCCUUCACAUAUAAUGUAGAAAGAAAAUUGAAAAUAAUUUAAAGUGAAAAAUUUGAUAUAUUUUGGAUUUUCCAAACAAUGCAUUCUGUUGUAGUCUUUGCCUAAAGACUGAAUGGAAAGCUAUUUCUCAAAUGGCAACGUCCACAUGAAUGAUACAAAAUAAAAACACUUUAUUAGUGCCUUCCACUAGUGUAGGUCAAUUUCCCCACAGUUGCCAAUACACAAGCUUAACAUUUUACAUGAAUCCUGCUUUGAAAUGCUUAAGAUUUACUUUAAAAUUGGACUAGAGUUUCACUCAUUCAACUUUUUUUUUCAGAAAAUAGGUUCCGUAGACUUAAGAGUAGCAUGUUAGUGUAAACAGUAAAGUCAUUGCAGCAAAUAUCUCCCUCUAGUGUUUAAGCAUUGUUAUAACUUCUACUGACCCAAAGCUUUUGCAGCUUUUGUGUAUUUGUUGGAUUUCUUUGGCUUUGACAAAUUGUCUGACACUGACGCGUGUAGUCAGGUCCCAGUGUGUAACUCUUGGAUGUAGGCUGGGACAGUUUUUGCACUCUCUGAGAUGUAGCUUCGCUUGAGUGACAGUAUGAUCGUUAUUUUACCAUGCUAUUUAUUUCAUCAGAUACUGUAUUUAUGAUAUUUUUGUAUAUAGUUACCACACAUAUGAUUGAUGAAGAGAUAGUUUGAAUUGUUAUGCUGUGAAUAUUGAUUAUAUUGUCUUUUUAUGUCUCUCUUGCUUUCAUGUUGAAUUGUAGUUUUGCAUCCCAGGCUCUUGUAUCGCAAGAACUCUGUUAAACUUUAUUAAAAACAAACAAUAUCAUUUGAAAGUGAAAAAAAAAAUGUAGCAUUUGAAUAAUCAGAAUUUGUUUUCUGUAUUGCUGAUAUGAUGAACAUAGUUGUCCUGCAUGCACACAACAGCUGCAUGUUGUGCAUGUCCGACUGGACGCUCCCUGUGCGUCCCUCUUCUUUUCUAUAUCAAUAUUGUCUCUGUAUCUGUCAGGAGGCUCUGUUAAAAGGCAUAGGAACAAUAUUUUGUCCAUCAAAUCUGGCACAUUCGUCUCUAGCUCAAGCAUAGUUUUUAGGCCGUGUCAUCCGCAAAAGAGCCUGUUGUUAUCGAGUAGCGCCGUCGGAAGAAACAGAUUGAUCAGAAGAAAUGUUUUCAGGUUUUGCUUUUGGAAAAAAAAAAAAAAAAAACUUGUCUGCACUGCAUCUGUAAUUCUGACUGUAAGUCUGUUUGACACACAGGUUUGGGAAUACAGGAUGCUACGUUUGUAUUGUAUCAUUUCCGUGUAUUUGUUUGCAUUUUUCACUUGUAGAUGCGGGAGAAAUAAAUUCAACAUGCCUUACGUGUUUGCACAUU